CUGGCGGCCGAUCAUUUUGUCUUGCUGUCUGUCUGAGUGUGUUUCCCAGAAGGUUCAAAACCCUGAAGAUGGUUCCUUUAGGGUUCGUUUAAUAGGAACCCAUUAUCGAUCCCCUAUCUUCUUUAUGCCUGCAGGCUGCAGAUACUCGGUCUUUACUCCAUUGAUACUUGGAUUUCUCCAACGCCCAGAUCUCCAAUUCUUUGAUUACCCACGAUUUAGUUUCAGCAUAUUCUUUUAUUAUUGUCUUUUCCUGACCAGUAUUCUUUCUUGGCAACCAAAAGCUUCUUUUUCUAAGUCGUAGGUAUCAGAACUUCAUAUUACAGUCGGGUUUCUUGGAAGUCAAAUACUUGGGUCUUUAUGGAUACCCUUCUUGAACGAUUUCCAAGAUCCAUGAAUAAAUUCACUUUCCACCAUGGCUCAGUUCCCCUGUUUUCAAAUGAUCAUAAUCCUGUAAAUCGGUUUGAUCAAGUCAGUAAUGAAUUUGUCAAUACGACGCCUAUCCUUCCAGCCAAUUCACAAGAAUCUAGUAUUGAUUCAAGUGAUCCAUCUGACAGUGGUGACUUCUCCAAUGUUUUCCUCAAGUACAUAAACGAGAUGCUUAUGGAAGAAGACCUGGAGACUAAGCCAUGCAUGUUGCAGGACUGUCUGGCUCUCCAGGCUGCUGAAAAAUCAUUGUAUGAAGCCCUUGGUCAGGAAUAUCCUCCAUCGUCCCAUCAACUCCAUUCUUGUAAUUUCUACCAAAACAUCGACAGCCCAGACAGCGCUGAUAGCAGUAAGUCCCUUCCAAAUGGCAAUAUUCGUGAAAUCAUUGAUUUGGAGAGCAUUCCACCAGUGCCUCCGGAGAAAAACAGGGAUGUGGUGGCCAAGGCCGAAAAGAAUCGGAUCGGGGACUCCUCAGCAAAUGGAUCAAGGGGAAAGAAAAAUCAUCAGCGGCAGGAUGGAGACGAUCAAGAAGAAGGAAGGAACAACAAGCAGUCGGCGGUUUAUGCGGGAGAUUCCGCACCACUAGACAUGUUUGAUAAGGUAUUGUUGCUUUGUAAUCGUGGAGACGACAACUCUACUUCAUGCGGUCCUCAUGAAUCUUCAGGAAAUGGAGGAGGAAGCAGCAGAAAGUUGCAGCCUAAUGGCAAAACAACUCGUUCGAAGAAACAAGGUAAUAACAAGGGGGAACUAGUAGAUUUAUGGACUCUGCUUACUCAAUGCGCGCAAGCUGUGGCAAGCGGUGACCAAAGAACUGGAAAUGAACUACUCAAGCAGAUUAGUCCCCACUCUUCUCCCUCCGGAGAUGCAAACCAGAGAUUAGCUCAUUACUUCUCCAACGCCCUCGAGGCACGCUUGGCUGGCACCAGGGUGCCUGUUUAUACACCCCAUGUGAGUAAUGGAACAUCAGCUGCUGACAUCUUAAAAGCUUACCAGGUAUACGUUAAAGCAUGCCCUUUCAAAAGAAUGUCAAAUUUCUUUGCUAAUCGAACGAUUAGGAAACUGUCUCUAUCCCAGAAAGCAACAAGAAUUCAUAUUAUUGAUUUUGGGAUUCUUUAUGGUUACCAAUGGCCCUGCCUCAUCCAACGGCUCUCUGAAAGGCCCGGUGGAGCUCCCAAGCUUCGCGUGACGGGGAUUGAGCUUCCCCAGCCGGGUUUUCGGCCUGCAGAAAGAGUUGAAGAGACAGGGCGUCGCUUGCAAAACUAUUGCAAGAGAUUUAACGUCCCUUUUGAAUUCAGUGUCAUAGCGAAAAAAUGGGAAACUAUUCAGCUUGAGGAUCUCAAGAUUGACAGGGAUGAACUGACCGUUGUUAACUGUUUGUACCGUUUGAAGAAUCUGCCUGAUGAAACAAUGGUGGCGAACAGCCCAAGAGACACCGUGCUAAAGCUGAUCAAGAGAAUAAAUCCGGAUUUAUUCGUGCAUGGUGUUGUUAAUGGAACAUACAAUGCGCCCUUCUUUGUCACGCGGUUCCGGGAGGCGCUCUUCCACUUCUCUGCAUGCUUUGAUAUGUUUGACGCAAAUGUGGCUCGCGAAGAUCAACAGAGGUUACUGUUUGAGAAAGAGAUAUAUGGAAGGGAUAUUAUGAACGUCAUAGCCUGUGAAGGCCUGGAAAGGGUUGAAAGACCAGAGACUUACAAGCAGUGGCAGGUCCGUAAUCUGAGGGCUGGGUUCAGGCAGCUGCCAUUGGACCAGGAUAUCUUGUACCAAGUGAAGAAAACGGUGAAGUCUGAGUAUCACAAGGAUUUCGUGGUGGAUGUGGAUGGCCAGUGGAUGCUGCAGGGAUGGAAGGGCCGUAUUACCCUUGCUCUUUCUUUUUGGCAACCUGCAUAAAAGCUCUGAAUAUUAAUGCUCAUCCAAGGUUCUGAGAUGGUCACAUUAGAUUUGGAUCUACAUGUACUGAUGUUUUAUAUGUUUACCCAGUCAAUAUAAAUAGGAAUUUUAUUGCA